AUGGCCAGCCAACAAAAGCGCGGGAUGUUCAUCGUCUUCGAGGGUCUGGACAGAUCAGGCAAGAGUACUCAAGUUGAACUCCUCCGCCAGGAGCUCAUUAGGGAGUCUGGCUCGGACACGAGUACUGUCACUAUGAAGUUUCCUGAUCGUACCACUCCGAUCGGGCAAAUAAUCGACUCGUACCUUCAACAGCAAACCAGCUUGGACGAUCAAGCUAUACAUCUUCUCUUCUCCGCUAAUCGUUGGGAAGACGCAUCGGACAUCAUGUCCCACCUGGAAUCGGGCGUGACCGUUAUCGUAGAUCGGUACGCCUUUUCCGGCGUCGCGUUUUCCUUGCAGAAGGGUUUCUCGUACGAAUGGUGUCAAUCUCCGGAUAGGGGGCUACCUGCGCCCGAUCUCAUCUUGUUCUUGGAUAUCAAUCCUGAGGUAGCCGGUAGUCGGGGCGGCUACGGGGACGAGCGUUACGAACAGAAAAAAGUUCAGAAAUCUGUUCUGGAGGCGUUCUCGUGCGUCAAGAACGAGGUGAUUAAGGAAGGAUACAAGUGGGUCGAUAUAGAUGCCAGCCAGGGGGUGAACCAAGUCAAGGAUGCGGUCUUGAAAGCGGUUCGCGAGGCUGCCUCGCAGGUGAACGGGCCAGUCAGACAACUGUGGGCACCGUCUGCAUAACUCUAGUGUGUGCGCAGGUGAAGGAAUUCACCGAUUCGAGUACAUACCUCUGUUUCGUCUCGAAAUUGCUGUCGAAGAAGAACAGUAGAGUCAACAAGAAUAGGAAACGCUAGACAUGCUUGUAUGGCACCUCUAUCCCAGUACCAUAUGUUCAC